AUGGGUCAGGGCACACCACAGCUGAUGCUCCCCCUAAUAGAGGCCGACUUACGCGGCAUCUACCGUGGCCCUCCCACGCCCACUGUGUUCUCAUGGCAGGGCAGGUUCAAAGCGACUGGAUAUGGACUUGGGUACAGCGGUUGCGAAAGUCGAACAGCACAAGUGCCGGUGGCUAAUUCUGCACGGACAACGCCUCGAUCGGGAUGUCGCCAAUAUCUCCUGAAAGGAGAGUGCUAUGAAGUCGUCAUUGCAAUUGCGACCCUCGUUCUGAGAGCGGAUCCACUUAUCCCUUCAGCUGGUAGCACGUCGUCACAGGCGGAAACGUGUCCGAUUUAUUACCUUGAGGAGUGUGCUGCAGAUGCGCCCUGUUCCACCGUAGUACGCCAUGGACACGAGAAUUCGAGCAGUCCUGGACGUAACUUUGACGGCGACGUGGGGACGGUGCCUUCGCCGGCUUCAACGCUCUCCUCCCAACCGCCGUCUCAUCAGCUGCCCACUCACGCCAGCCCUGCAGUGGUGGUGACUUGCUGUGACGGUCCACAUCCCUCCAAUCACGACGCCGUCACCGCAGUCAACAAGACCAACAACCUACUACAACGCUCAACCCGAGAUCUACCGUCGACUAGUUCUGAAACCCUGUCCUAUUGCCAGACUAUUACUACCGGCGGCUCCGGCGGCUUCGAUCCCGUCGAGGAGGAGGCAAAAAUGUACCGGUUAAAUGCUCCCGAGAUGCAGCAUACACAGCCCAGCGAAAUGACCUUGGUUGCCGCCGCCAACGAGGUGGGCCGAUCGCUCCAUCCCUCU